AUGGACGCCCCAGCCAAAUGGCACGAGAAUGACUGGGAUGCGGUGUUCGCUGGCAAGGCGGUGGCCCAGAGGUAUUAUCUCCGCAGUGGGCUUGUGCGAAAGGAUCGGCUGCUGCACUUUGUGCCCUCGAAGCGGCAUCCGACCACACGUGUGGUGCGGUCCCUCCUGGAGCUGCAGCGGCACCUGCAGGAGCUCGGUGUUCGACCGACGCGCUUGGACCGAGGUCCCAAAGAAGCGGUCAAGUACGUCUUGAAGAAGGCUCAGUCUUCCAACGCUUCUGGAAUUCGUUUCUUCACCGAGGAGGAAGCAGAUGCCAUCGUUCAGAUCCCCACUGAACCGCCCUGGUUAGCUCUAUUGGGCUUAGUGGCCUUGCUUUGGACCCUCCACGCCACGCCGCGCCGCCGUUGGGAGCGGCGCCUCUGCACCGCUGCCCUGCUGGCCUUGAGCCUCCAGCAGCUGCGGAACGCCUGGCGCGCGCGGAAGUGCGCGGGGGAAUUGUUGGGUGGAGCGGACGUUUGGGUCUUGCAGAGGAACGUCACCCCCUACCUCCACGAGGGCCGCAAGUUCCACUUGCGAGCGUUGCUGCUUUGCGUGGGCGAUUUGACGGCUUAUCUCCAUGAAGAGGUGCGCGUUCUCCUGGCCACCCAGCCUUACAAUGACCAGGAUGGCAAUCGUGAAGCGGUGCAUGUGACGAACAUGGGGGUGAACCAGGAAGUCACAGGAUAUUCGGAAUCCAAGCAGAACAUGUCCCUGGAUGAGCUGGGCGAGGUGUCCUCCGAGAUCUUCCAGCAGCUGUGCGAGGUCCUGACGCGAACCUUGAACAACCUUCGCACCACGGGGCGGAGGCAUUUCUUCACGCUGCCCAAUUGCUGGGAGCUCUUUGGUGUGGACUUCUUGGUGAACUCUGCCAGGGAAGUCUUGCUUUUGGAAGUGAACCCUUCUCCAUCCUUGGCGAUGUAUCGCGGCUCCUAUGGUGAUCUCCUAGGAGUUGAAUCGCCCUUGCAAGAGCCCUUGCCCAGUCUCGCACGGCCUGAGACCAUGAGCGAACCUGAGGCCAGUGGCGGCUUGACGCCCUACGCCUUGGAUGCGGCGAGCUUCGUGAACACCGACGAGACGGAGCGGGGGGUCCUAGCCAUGAAUCACACGGUUUUUGGUUGCAUCGCCCAGGCAGUGGCCCGACCGCUGACUUCCCUGGCGAGACACGGCGCAUCACGCAGAGCCUUUGCGGCGCCCGGUUGGGCCACGGUAGAUCCAGAGACCAUGUCUGCAGCACAACCAGCUGAAGGCAUGAACCUUUGCUGGAAGCUCAGGGCACUACGGAGACGAAUGUGGGGCAGGGGCGCUCAGGAAGUGCUGGCCUUCUUGAAGGCCGGUGCAAGCUCCUACAUUGGCUUGCGCUGGGAAGACCAUAGACUUCGUUGUGGCAUGGAUGCUGCUGCAGAAUCGGAGCGCGCCACGAAGAAUGACUUUGCCACCAACAGUGUGCAAGAAGCCUUGAAGCUGAACUGGGCAGAGACGGACCUCCGACGGCAGCUCUACUGGAUGCCGAUGGCAGAGGAAGAGGUGCAACUGGCGAUGGGAUCGCUGCUCCAGACUGGAAAGGCCAGCAUCGAUCUAGCAGCGACUUCCACCGUGGAAGGUGUAGAUGCGAUGUCACGCGUCAUGAGCAUCAAUGAGGGACAAGGACUUCAGCGCGACAUCAAGGUUGACGUAAUGGGGCGACAGAGAUUCUUCGCUUUGGGAACAUUGGCCGUACACACUGUCUUUCCACAGCCCAGCCGCCAGACGCCGUCCUUCCGUCAGAAGAUCCAGGAGUUCGGAGUGGAGCCAUCGAUCGAUGACCUGGAGGCCUUCUAUGUCGAACUCGAGGAUCAGCUGCCAAGAAGUAACCAGGACAUCGUGGAUCCGCUGAAUGGGGACGCCUUCCUCAAGGUUCCGAACACUGGCCUGGAUGAGAUUGAGCCCUUUGUACAGCGCAUGGCGUCGGUGCCACGCUCCGGGCUUCACAAUCCUUUUAAGAACCCCGACAGGUAUGUGAUGCUUGGAGAGGUUUGCGGGGCCGCGGCUCGAGAGAUGUUCAAGCCAGAGGUCUCGGACUACUUUUGUCGCCUGAUCCAACGCGUGGCUCCCAAGAGCUAUGCACAAGCUGGCGGGGAAAUCAAGGCUGUCCGGACUUGGCUUCAGGACUACAGUGGGAACAGCGUGCGAAUGCUGGCCGAGUCGCAGGGUUUGCCUGGCGACCAUCCGGGCCAAAGCACCGUGGGCUACCGCAUGCCGUUUGGUGGCGUCAGCGUCAUCACUCCUUUUAACUUCCCCUUGGAGAUUUGCAGCUUGCAGACCCUCUCAGCAGUCUUCAUGGGCAACCAAUGCACGACGAAGGUCGAUUGGAAAGUUGCCAUUGUGAUGGAGCAGUUCCUGCGCAUGCUGCAUGCCUGUGGCUUACCAAAGGCUGAUGUCGACUACAUCUACUGCGAUGGCCCUGUUUUCAACGAGGUCUUGCUCAGGGGCGAUGCCAAGAUGACGCUCUUCACCGGCUCGCAGCGGGUCGCCGACAAGUUGGCGGUGGAGCUCAAGGGCAAGGUGAAGCUGGAGGAUGCCGGCUUUGAUUGGAAGAUCCUAGGGCCGGAUGUGAUGGACGUGGACUUUGUCGCAUGGCAGGCAGACCAUGAUGCUUACGGCUUUGCCGGUCAGAAGUGCAGCGCACAGUCCAUGCUUUUCAUGCACGAGAGGCUUGGUCAACGGCAGGUGGACAUCGUCGGGCGUUUGGCCAAGCUGGCGGGGCAGCGAAGCCUGGAGAAUUUGACCAACUGCCCGGUGCUCACGUGGCCCACGGAGAAGAUCUUGGAUCACAUGGAGCGCUGCUUGAGCAUCCCUGGCGCCACCUUGGCCUUUGGUGGCCAGCCACUCACAGGUCACCGGAUCCCGCCCCAGUAUGGCGCCGUCGAGCCGACGGCCGUGCGGCUUCCCAUUGAGGCGGAGCGAGGGACCGCGAACGAGGCCUUGGAGGACUCUGGCAGCUUCGACAUGGCCACCACCGAGCUCUUUGGACCCUUCCAGGUGUUGGUGGACUACAAGGAGGGCCAGCAGUCCAAGGUCAUCGAAGCCAUCAACCGUAUGCCCAACCACCUCACCGCGGGCAUCGUCUCCAACAACCCCAUUUUCAUCAAUGAGGUGCUUGGCAAUUCCAUUACUGGUACCACUUAUGCUGGCGCACGGGCACGCACCACCGGUGCUCCGGUCCAGCACUGGUUUGGGCCCUCUGGGGACGUACGUGCCGGAGGCAUCCAUACCAAGCACGCCAUUCAGCUUUGUCGCUUGGAAGACAGCUGA